AUGCUCUUUCAUCACUUAUUCAAUUCUUAAUUUUUAAAUAUUGAUAAAAAAAUAUAUAGAUAGAUAGUUUGUUAGUUAGUUAGUUAGUUAGUUAGUUAGUUAGUUAGUUAGUUAGUUAGUUAGUUAGUUAGUUAGUUAGUUAGUUAGUUAGAAGAAUAAAUGAAGAAAUAUAUGAAAUAAUAAGAAAUCAAAAAAAUGAAAAUUACAAAGAAACAAAGAAAAAUAAAUAAAUUAAUUAAAAGAUAUUUUAAAUUAAUUUUUAUAUUGAAAAAAUAUCACAAUUCAAAAUAAAUAAACUGUUUUUACUAAAGACAAAGUGUCAAAUUUGAGAGAUUUGUUAGUUCACUUUCCUAAACCUAAAUCUAAGUAUUAUGCAUCUUCAUCACAAAUUUAAUUUUAACUUUUUAAAAAGUGAACAAAAAAUGA